ACGCUUUAAUGGAUCAAACGGCGAUACUAUCGAUACAAUUGCAAGCUUGGAUUCUGAAGGAGAGUAUACAUGCGUAGCAUCUAAUCACAUUGCUACGGUCAGAGCAAAGGUUUAUAUUCGUUUAGUCGAGUCACCUACUAUUGCCGAACAUCCUAAAUAUACGAUGACUACAGUUGGGAAUCCUAGUGGUGCAGAAUUUCAUUGUGUUGCUAAUGGUAUACCAAAACCAACUAUCACAUGGAGACGGGUACUUGGUAGUGGAAAGAGUGAAAAACUGAAUUUGACUGGUGAACAAUUAGUGAUAUCGUCUCCUAAACUGUCUGACGCGGGCAAGUAUUUAUGCGUAGCAAAGAACAGUCGCGGUACUGUGUGGUCUAACCAAGCAAGACUACGAGUAAUGGCAGCUAGAAUAGCAUUUCCUGGUGCUUUUCUGAAACUCGGCUAUAUCAAAGUGAAUGAAGGCUUUAACAGCACUCACACGGAGUACAAGCGACCCUUGGUGUACCAUAAAAGAAAAAGGCCAUACAUAAAAUGGGCAAUUAGGAAGAUUUUGCGAGAGACAGAAGAACCUUCCUUGGUAGUCCUACAUAGUCUUACCUGCAAUGCUAAUACUGAUGGUGGAACUAUCAACCUACAACUGCGUAUCGGUGAAUACAAAAGUAUUGAUGGAAAAGAUUACUAUGACAUGCAAGCUGUAUUCAAAACAUGGUCGAAUUUGUUAGACGGAAUAUUGAAAAGAUUUGAGGAAUUAUCCGACAAUGAGCAGAUUUUGACUAAACGGACUGAUGUUGAAAUAUAUUAUGCCUUGGAUCGCUCGCAAUUCGCUGCAACACGAAAGACAAAGUGUCCCUAUGGACACGAACUGUACCCGGAUGACAUAUGGAAUAUGAUAUGUGUUCCAUGUCACAGAGAUACGUCGUUCACAUUGGUUGGUCAGCGUAAGUGGCGCUGCAUUCGAACAUUGAGGAGAAUGAAAGCGAGAAAUAAGGUGAACAGCAAGUCAUAUGCUGAAGGCGAUGACUUCGACAUGGCAGAGUCUAUAUUCGACACUCUCUGAAGAGGACUCGUGAAAAAGAACGAUUGGGACGUUUUAUUGUUAACCUAUGUUCGGCAUCAUAUUGAAACCAAUUUAUAUUAAUAACUUCAAGUUAAGAUGCCUCAAAAUGCUUUUAUUCCAGAAAAUGUCCUGUAUAUGUACACGUUUUUUAUUCCUCAUAAAAACGUCGGUACACUAGAAAUAUAAUAUACUCGUACAAAACCCUACUCGGGAAGAUAUUUCUAUCCAAGAAUGGCUUUAAAAUAGUGAUUGCGGAGCCUUUGUAAGAUAAUGAAAAGUUGCUUAAUAUCAAAGAAAAUGAAAAAAUGGUGACGGUGAUGAUGUGAACUCUGACUGUAAUCUAACGGAGAUACUGAAGGAGCCUAGGAACCAUUUGCAAGACGUUUACUAUUAAUACCAUUUAAUGAAUAUAUAUUUCAUGAUGAUCAAUGUUGCAUAAUAUAUGAUCGAUGCUAUUAACAUAAGAAUGCAUUCUUUAUCAUUAUCCAGGAUAUUUUCGAAUAAAUAUUGCAAAGCAAAAC